AUGAAAGUAAACGAAUCAGAAACUGUCACUGGUAAGGCGUACACUCCUAGAUCACUGUUUUUUUGUUUGCAUCUUCCAAGUUUCACCUGGGAGUUGGAGGAGAACACCAUUCCCUGGGCUGUGUUUGGCAUCACAGUUUUUUCUUCUCCCUUCAUCGUCCUGCUGAACGUUUUAGAGAUCAUAGCCGUGAGCAGGAAGAAACGACUGCAAAGAGUGUCGACAGUACUGCUGCGUAGUAUGGCGGUGGCAGACGUACUGGUUGGUGCUUUAUCCAUGCCGUUAACCGCUACUGUUGAUUUAUUGACUGCUCAUCAAACGCUUCUGGAUCAUGUCUGUAUAUUUCACCUCGUUGGCUUAGCUACGAUGUAUUGUGCUGGUGGGACAGUCGUGCUUCACUCGGCAUUCAUAGCCUGGGAACGAUUCUUGGCUGUCAAGAAAUGGAGGGUAUACAAAGUGAUUGUGACACAACGCCUUAUGAAAAAACUUGUCGUGGUCGCUUGGAUGCCUGCGGCAAUCAUAGCAACACCAUACGUAAUGAUUGGGGCUGGUGUAGAUCUUAAAGUAUAUGAAAACUUAGCUCUGAUACGGGGUAUUGGUUAUGUUUUCUUCAUCGUGUUAAUCAUAUAUUUUAACACUAUGGUGUACCUUGAGUUACGUAAGCGAAAAAGAAUCAAAACCCUGAAGGUUAACUCUCUAAUCAAAGAAAAGUUGGACUCUAAAGUUGCUAAGAUGACUGUUUUGAUGACUUGUGCAAUGCUUUUCUCGUUUCUUCUUCCAGAGGCGUGUCUCUGGUUGGGAUAUUUGUUCCCAGUCUUUCGGAAAAACUCGGCUUUUCGAUGGUACGAGAUAUUGAUGCAGUUACACUCAUUGGUAAAUCCAUUGAUUAACUGCUUUAAAGAACGCUGUUUAAGAAAUACUGUCCUCAAGCUGUUGCGAUUUAAAAAAUCCGAGCUAAUUCGGCCCACACUUCGUUUUGUUAAACAAAUGAAACCUCUCAGCCCACAAGAGGAUGUCUUGGAGAACCAGAUAGACGAAAGAGGAAUUACCUUCAGGAGAACUACACCUAUACCUGAUUCAGUAUUUGUUAUAGAAUCUGUUUAA